AUGUCUAGCAUCAGUAACAGUGAUCAACAAAAUUGCACUGAAGGUGGUGAUAACAGCGUGUUACUAAGUGGUGUUAAAGGGAAUAACAUUUUUUCAGAGUUAGAAGCAGAUUUCAUGGUUCUUCACCUAAUGACAGAAGGAUUAGUUCUUCAUCUAAUGACAGAAGGAUUAGUUCUUCGUCUAAUGACAGAAGGUUUAAUUCUCCAUAUAAUGACAGAAGGUUUAAUUCUUCACCUAAUGACAGAAG